CAUACCAAAUACAAUACUUAAAGUCACUCCACACGUCACCUCUGUGUCUCGUGAACUUCCGAGCUUUUCAUAUAGCCUGAAUACAUUUAUCUUCCAAUGCUCUUGCAGCUCAGACUUUACGUACAUUCCAAUCUCUCUUUCUCAUACAGCUACAUUCCCCCCUUGAGCUCCAAAUCUACCUAAUUUAUCAUUCAAGCUUCUAACUUCCCGUCCUUCCUUGGGAAUAAAAUAUCUGUUAUAACAGCUGUGAAUCAUAUAUCAAAAUGGCAGAUGAGAUCUCCUUCUUGCCACUUGGCGCCGUUAUCCAAUCCUUCAAGGUCGGGGGUGUCAACAUCGUGCAAGGUUUCCCAACUCAGGAGCUCUAUGCCUCUCAUAACAGUCCGCACUUUGGCGCAACUAUUGGCCGUGUCGCAAACCGUAUCUCGGACGCUAAGAUCGAUUCUCUAAAUGGAGGCAAAUCCUACAGCUUCGUUGCUAACAACGGACCCAAUACCUUGCACGGCGGAAAUGUUGGCUGGGGUAAGCGUAUUUGGAAGGGCCCGAAUCCUGUGGGUUUACGUCAGAUCCCCGGCAUUGAGGGACUUCAAGGAGGAGAGACUGUCGAGUUCACCUUGACAAGUGAGGACGGAGAUGAGGGGUUUCCCGGCGAAGUUGUCGUCAAGGUGUUCUAUACGACCGGAAAGGUCGUUGAGAACGGGAAGGAGGUGAUAGUUCUCGGCCAAGAAUACGACGCCGAGCUCGUGGGAGGUGCCGAGGAGACAGUAGUAAACAUGACUAACCAUUCGUACUUUAAUCUCUCGGGCGGUCCGAGUAUUGAGGGGACCAUAGUCCAACUUUCAACGAACUCAUAUCUCCCUCUUAGCGAGUGGGGGAUUCCAACGUCCGGACCAACGGCAUACUCCAAGGUUGCGACCACUACUCCAUUCACCCUGGGGCCAGAGGGUCCAGAUUUUGAUGACUGCUUUAUCGUCGACCCUUCAAAAUCCCCUAGCUCCGUGCCCAUAGACACGCGAACCCUUCCCCUCACCAAGCUCGUUUCAGCUCAGCACCCGGAGAGCAAAAUUCAUCUGGAUGUUUUGAGCACAGAGCCUGCAUUCCAAUUUUAUACUGGCAAGUGGAUUGAUGUGCCAGCUGUAGGUGGCGCCCCUGCUCGUGGACCACGGAGUGGUUUCUGCGUAGAGCCGAGUCGGUUUGUAAAUGCUAUCAACGUUGAUGACUGGAGGAGCCAGGUGGUUCUCAAGAAGGGAGAGAAAUAUGGGGCUCGUAUCGUGUAUAAGGCUUGGAAAGAAUAGUCAAUCUACCUACCGAACGCAUAGUGAAGAGAUAUCUAGGUAGCAAAUCGCCAAAAAGA